ACCUAAAGCAAAUGCCUUAUUUAAAUAUAGGUGACUUGAUGGAUCAAAACAAUUCGAGAAAAUAUGUCUCUAAGACUGUAGACGUUUUUCCUGACGAAGAAGUAGAACCCAAUAAAACACAGAUUCAAGAGGACGAAAACCGAACUGGUCCAAUUACGAUCAAUGAGGAGUUGGCCAACUCCACUGUGGCUGACUCUAUCGGGGACAUUUCGACUCAAGAACAAGACAAUUAUUCGAAAGACAACCAAGAAAACGCUAUAAAAGUAUAUGAAGAUUUAUCUAGUGGUAGUGAGGAUAUGAGACAAGUUAUUCAGGACAUAAAAGACAAAAAGGCACCAAAUAAGCUAAUAGAUCGGCCAUCCACUAGUAAACGCAACACAGAACAUAAAAUUCAAGAUAUUUCAGCUGAUACAUUGGCGACUGUUGAUUAUGAUCCAGUAUUGUCUGAUAGUGAUGAUUGUCAAGAGCCGUCACAUCAACCGUCUUUUGUGAACCAAAGCAACAUAAUUGAGAUUGCGUCUAGUAGCGAAGAUGAAUUAAAUGAUGGCCAAAUGCUUGAAACAGAUGAAGAAUCAUCUUUUAGAUUACAUUUUUCUAGGUCUUCGAACAGAUCGCCAGUUGUAGUUAAAGAAUUUGAAAAAAGUGAGAUAAUCUUUGAGGAAAAUAAUUCUCACAGUCGAAUUGAUUUGGAGAAUAACGAAGAAUCACAUAACUCCGUUAAGUACGAACGAGGCACGAUCUGUAUAGAUUCUACCAGGAACUCACAUGAGGAUUGUCCAGCAGAAUUCGCAGUGGUUCAAUUACAUGCUCAUCCUGAGAAGCAGCCCGUUUCGAUGGUUGAUAAUACAUUUGAUGAAUCGAAUAGAGAAAUUACACCAUUUUCAACUGCAGAAGUAACUGCGAUUAAAGAACUCACCAAAAUAUUAGAGGAAGGCGAUGAAAGCACAGAUGAAGAAAACUCCGUGUAUGGCUCAUCCAACAGUUUGCACAAUAGUGGCGUUGAGAUGAGCCAACUAGUUUUAGAAAAACCUGACGAUCCCUCGACUGACUCAAAUAAACAUUCUAUAAGUAUACAAUGCACCUUGGCUGCUAAGGAUCUUGAAUCAAGCAAUUCAGACAAAGCACUAACGAUGAAUGAUUCCGAGGAAUGCGUUGAAUUAUCAGAGCACCAGCGUUCGAUUAGCGUGCAGUG